AAUUAUUAAUUUAUGGCAAGAUUUCAAAUGGGAUGUAUAGCAUUGUAAUUGGAUCCUUGUAUAAUCGAAUCAGUAAGUUUGGGGGAUCCUAAAAUCGUUUGUCCUAUAUUCGAUAAAAUAGGCGUGUCAUAGCGAUAAAUAAAAUUAACAAAACUUAGUACUUAUCUGCACUUACCUGUACGAAACAGAUGGCAACAGGCAACGGUGUGCCCAGUAUUUGUGGGACAAGUGAAAGGCAGGCGUUGUGUCCGCUGUGGGAGGUAGCGGCCUCCAGUAGAUUCAGUACCUGUUUUAGCAUCAUACACCGUGAACGUUUCUGUUUCUGCUGUUAAAAGGAGUAUUUCCGAGAUCCAGGCAGCCAUGGUAUUAAAACUGUACGCAGUUUCGGAUGGGCCCCCGUCUCUAUCAGUGCGACAGACUCUUACUCAACUGGAGAUACCCUUUGAACUGAUCAAUGUAGAUUUCGGCAAAGGAGAACACAUGACUGCAGAAUAUGCUUUGGUGGAUGAACCCACAAAAGAAAUUCCGGUUUUGGACGAUGAUGGAUUUUACUUAAGUGAAAGUAACGCUAUCAUGCAAUAUAUUUGCGAUAAAUAUAAACCGGGCUCGCCUUUAUAUCCGCAGGAUCCACAAUCAAGAGCCAUCGUGAAUCAUCGCUUGUGUUUCAACUUGGCUUCAUAUUACGCUAAUAUAUCUGCUUAUACAAUGGCGCCAAUAUUUUUUGAUUACGAACGUACACCCCUCGGUUUGAAGAAAGUGCACAUUGCUUUGGACGUUUUCGAAACGUAUUUGAACAGGUUUGGAAAAAAAUACGCCGCAGCGGAUCAUUUGACUAUAGCGGACUUUCCACUUAUCAACUCUACUAUGACACUAGAGGCUAUUGGUUUUGACUUUUCGAAAUAUGCUAAAAUACACAAAUGGUACAAUGAUUUCAAAAGGGACUAUCCAGAACUAUGGAGAAUUUCCGAAGGUGCUAUGAAAGAGAUCAUGGAGUUCGCCGCGAACCCGCCUGACUUGACACACAUGGACCAUCCGAUACAUCCAAUUCGUAAAAUUAAUAAAUAAUGUUUUUUUUUUAACUAAAAAGUAAUAAGAAAUAAGUGUUUUCUAUCCGGAGCCAGACACGCAUCUCCGCAUGUAGCCGAGGCAAGCGUUGCUGCAGCAUUGUGUGUGGUACGUGCACUGUGAAUAACAAACAAAGAUAUUAGAAAUGUUUAAUAACUACAUGUGGUCCCGUACCAGUGGCGAAGGAUCCAUAAUAUACCCCAUUCCUAUACUGCCAUGCUAAGCGCAAAAGCGGGAUGUCAGGGAAACCUUAUUGCAAGAUAAUCGAAGUUUUGUUAAUAUAGUUUUAUAGUUUUGUAUGUAAAACUGAGAUAGAGAAACUCUUUGAUGGUUUUUUUUCAACAAGUUCUAAACAAGAUACCGUUACUUUCGUAAGGUAAGUGUUCAUUGGGAUGGGUAUUUCUUUAAAGUAUAAGUAUGAGGACAUCAAAAUCAAGAUUUUGUUUUUUUUGAGAUACCGCUUUUGAGCUUAGCACGGCAGUAUAGGCAUCCCUUUAUGUAGAAUCUAGUUUUCAUAAGAACGAUUUGCAAACCACAUUCAUGCAUAUUACAAAUCUAUAAGUACCAUAUCGUGUCGGGUUCGCUUUCGGAAAAUCUCACCUUUCGCCACUGUCCCAUAGUAUGUUCUUACUAUAAUGUGGUCCCAGGCCCAGGGGCCUAGACAAAUGAACGUGUAAACCUCAAUAAGUUAAAAUUGACAAAGCCAUUGCACUACCUAUUAACUAUCUAUAUAUGUAAAAUUAUGAUCUUUGAAUAUAACCACAUUAAGUAUAUGUUGUAACAUUGGUAUUUAAAGUAAUAAAUAUUUCGAUCACUUUGUUUAUGUUCUUUCGAAGACCAUUAUGAUAUCGUUAUCACACCUUUUAACCGGUUGCACGAAAGAUAAUGUAGUAGCUAGUAGCUACAUAAGUACACAUUCUACACAAAAAUGUGGCAUUCAGUACAAAUGGGAAGUAGAAUAAAGACUUAUGAUGGCA